GUGAGUGGCAAACAGCCAUGAUAGACGUUAUGAUGGGGGCGCUGAUGUGACCCAGCAGGACAAGGCCCCUCUCGUUGGUAAAACUGGCCAUGAAAGCUCUGUAGCGAAGGCAGGAACAGAAGACGUUUGCAGCGUCAUCACAGAUGACUCUUCUCGUCCUGUUACUCCAACAUCCCUGCUGUCCGGUGUCUCCUGCGCGCAUGCACACAUCAACACGAAGGCGGAGUACGUGGACGUCAUGGCCGCUGAGCAAGCGGUGCUGGCAUCGGUGAAUUUCCGUCCAUUCGGUAGCGAGACAGGCCGUACAGAUGUCGACAAUGCGGUUGAGGUGCCCAGCAUGGAUAUUGAGCGCUCAGGCUUCUCAGUGGUCACCAUUGCCUCGUAUCUCGAAGCCGCUCCCCUGCAGCAGGGCGAAAGCGAGGGAGAGAUUGAGCAGACGGAAAUCGGGGAUAUCACUGCUCCACAUGCGUUAUCCCCGGCAGGGUUGCAGUUCUACAGGGAACUCUUCGCAUACUGGGCUUCAUCGAGGACAUCUACGGAACAGCCGGUCGUCAAGAAGCCCGACACAAUGAAUACACUCGCCACGAUGUCGAAGCUCACCAAGAUGAAGAAGACUGCCGCAGUUAGAAAGCCAGGCAUGAAGCUGAAACGUCGCCCUCGGUGGGGAGCGGUGGACAGCAUACCUGUUUACGUCGAUAACACUCGAGCAUGGCAGGAAUUUAUGGCAGCUGUCUGGAACGAGUUGGCUGAUGGGUGCAAUCGUCGUGGUGCUGCCAUGCAGCCUACAGAGGAAGAGGCCAGGGACGAUCAGGUACGUGCCCCCAACCGCAGAGGUGAAGAUUGUUAGGGCUGACAAAGAGGUGAUGUGAUAUCCACAGGGACCCGAGGUACCAGUGCACGAUAUUGUGCGCGAUAUGGAAGACAGGGCCACAGACGAUUCGAGCCAGGCCGUUGCUGGCCGAGCUGUGACGGGAUCAGGAACGAAGUAUCGGCCGGUGACUAUACAGGAGAGGCUAGAGCUGACCAAGACGAAGCAGCUUGCAUGCCUAGAGAAGUACAGGAUACAACUGGCCAAACCAUCUGAGGACGAAUACCUCUCAUUGAUGGGUCACGAAGCAAGGCUUCACAUUCUCGGC